GCUGCGCGUCUACGUCAUCGUCCAUCGUUUUUUCCCCCUCCACCACUCCAUCUUUAUAACUACAGCAGGUCCUCCUCUUUACUGUACAAACACAGUUGACUGUCACAGCAGCUGAAAGCAGUCCUGAGCAGCCACAUCGACGUAUGAUAUCCGACAUGAGGCCGGGACUCGCCGCUCUCGUGUGUUUCUUCAGCUUUGUGCGGCUGUCGGGCUGCGCGCCUCCGACCUGCUACUCCAGAGCGCUCGGCCUGAGCAAAGAAAUCAUGGCUCUGCUGGACAAAAUACACACGUACCAUCGCACGAAAACGUGUGCUGAGGUUCUGCCUACGGUCUUCCUUGAUGUGCAUAACUCGUGCGUCACUGCCAAGCUCCGUGACCUUCUCUACGUGGUGCUGAACCAUCCUGACCAGUCCUGCAGAGAGCGUCCCAGGAUGGUGCUACUCAAACUUAAAGUCCAGAACUUGUACACCAUCAUCUCCAGAGUUUGUUAUCGGGACCUGGUGUUUUUUACAAAUGACUGUGAGGCUAUUGAUACUGGACACAGUAUCCCUCACUAUGCAGAGGACAGGCUCCAGCUGCUGCAGGAGGAGCGAUGAGCAACACACAUUGGUCAUUUACAUUCAUAAAAACAUGAGCAAUAUGUAGAGUGGUAAAGCAUGUACAACACACACCACAGCCUGUACUGCAUUAGAAGCAUCAUAAGCAAUACACGCAGUGCUGUUUCAUGUCUUACCUAGUUGACUCUGUGUUCGCUGCAGACUCAUGUUAGGGGAAAUGUGUGGCUACAUUCCAGCAAGGAGUGCAGAACUUUCCACAGGAAAUUUGCUGAAUGCCAACCAUGCCGAUGAAAACCUUGAAAUAAUAAACCAAUAAGAGAUGCUUGUGAGCAGGGCUUAACCGUUGCUUACUUACCAGGGCUGAUCAAAGCUUCAUGUGUAAUUAAGAGAAAUAUGUUGUGUUUCCAUAACCCCUGGUCCGACUAAGAUGUCUUAAAGGAGCACUAUCCAGCAUUUUGUAAACGUGAAGAGUUGAACAUGGUGGUUGAAAUUGUUAUGUAAGAAAUAGAUGUCCCAAGCAUUGCUUUCUCGCACUCGGUUUGUAUGGUGUGUUCCUUCAGACUUUUCUCACGUAGAAAGUUUUUAAAAAACUUUUAUACCAAAGAAAUUACGACAAUGCUGCUGCUUGUAUUCAGUAUUUUCUAAUGGCCGUAAGCAAACCCGAUAUAAAAUAAUAGAGCCCUCACUGUCAUAGACAUAUUAGAAACGUGCCUGUUUUAAUGUAUACUUUAUGACAUUAUACAUAUAUAUGUCCCUCAUUAUGUAAUAAAACAUCUCUUUAUGUAUCAA